AUGGGGAUGCAGGGUGGGAUGGGGACGAGGCCCCCGCGCGCUGAGCUCCCCCUCUGCCCGCAGCCCCGCAAGAUCGAGGAGAUCAAGGACUUCCUGCUGACGGCGCGGAGGAAGGACGCCAAGUCCGUGAAGAUCAAGAAGAACAAGGACAAUGUGAAGUUCAAGGUGCGCUGCAGCAGGUACCUCUACACCCUGGUCAUCACGGACAAGGAGAAGGCGGAGAAGCUCAAGCAGUCGCUGCCCCCAGGUCUGGCUGUGAAGGAGCUGAAGUGAACCGUUCGCCCCUUGACGUCCCCGUGUUUGUUACAAUAAAAAGUUGUUCCCGAG